AUUGCAGAACCUGAUUCUCUAUUAAUUUUCGUUUUUACUCACUUUCAUCGGUUUUUCCUUCGCCUGUAUUCGGUGGCGACUCAAAGAUCCUGCGUAAUCAGUUGCAAAAACUGAUAGAUCACUCGUUGGUCAUCAUGCAAGUGGCUUCGGUUUCUGAAAAGCGAAGCACUUUCGAGAAGACAAAAAAUAAAAGGUACUACAUCUAAAACAUUUCCCCUUCACUAAAUGUCGAAAGCCAACAAGUCUUCAAGUUCCUCGUCGUCCUUGGUGUGCUACCUGGGUACCUUUUCUUUGAUCGCGUUUGCUGCCUUUCAGCUGCACCUGCACUACGGCUCUAGUGUGAUUGCGAAUCUGUGUACGGCGCUGGCAAGCGACCCGUUAUUAGGCAAUAGCAGCGGAACCACCGGUACAGCAGGGUAUUCCUCUGCAAAUACUGCUCUCACCAAAAAGAUGGCGGCAGACACCACGGCGCUCGCGAAGAAGUAUUUUGAGGCCUGGAAUGCCCAGGACUUGGACAAACUCGGCGAACUUUUUGCCGACGAUGUCGAGUUGCGCGACUGGGACAUUGCCAAGUCCGGGAAGAAAGACGUCGUCGACGCGAACGGUACCGUUAAUUUCAUUUUGCCGUCUCAGUUUUUUGAAAUGUCGCAUGGAUUUUUUCCCGGCAGCAGAUAUGUAAAUUUCGCCCCGCGGCGUGCUCAUCAAUUCCUGUUGUUUUUUCAUCCUAUCAGGUGGCAUUUUCAAAGCCGUCCCUGCCAUCAAAGCCGAGAUUCUGAAUAUUUUCCCCUCGACGUCCGAUUUGGGCCCCGUGGCGGCGUGCGAACUGCACAUCGUCGUUUCUGCGGAGGAAACGCUGAAGGUGUUGGAUGUCAUUCAGUACGACAGCAGCGGAAAAAUCAAAGCCGUCCGCGCAUACAAGGGGUAACUGUGCUGGGCUGUAAGAACGCAGCGAGAAGUGGAGUUUCAUCACCGCAGAAAGAUUUUUACGGUUCUGCGAAAGACGAGGUCUUGAUUCGAGAAAUGUCUCACUCACGAAUGUACCAAAAGGUAAGUAGCUAGUGUAGUUCUUGCCGCUGCGCCCAAACAUCAACUGACCCUCAAUUUUCUUUAGUCUUCUCGAUCAAUUGCAGCAACGUACGAACUGCAUAAAAAGGGACCACGGUGCGGCUUCUAUAGCAGUCGAGUCAUCGCUGUGAUAUCGAUCUUUUCAAGAAACACCAAUCGGAUGAUGAAUUCAUGUGCUGGCUAUUGAUUUGGCAGCGGAGCAAGUUGAAGAUGCAAGGAAGCAGCUCACCUCAUAACUAACUCUACC